AUGGAAGUGUCUCUUUCCGUCGAGGAAACGAACCAGCUGCGGGCGAAGCUAGGCCUUCCAUUGAUUUCUACUAGUGAUAAGCCCUCAAUUAAGGAAAAAAAGGGGAUUCCUUUAGGCGAAACAAACAAGAUACGAUCACAGUUAGGACUGCCUCUAAUCACAUCAGAAAAAGCAGAUAAUGACCCAGAGUACGAGAAUUAUAGGAAAUUAGAGGAUGAGCGCAUGAAGCAGAAACAACUGGAUGAGCUGCAGCAGCGACUGUCCAAAACCAAGAGCGAUCUGCAACGACGUAAGCUGGAAUCAGGGGAAACGCUUUUAGCGAGAUUAGACAAGGAAGAGAUCAAUGAUGAUGAAUGGUUGGCCAAGGUGGGCACUUCACAGGAGAAAAAAGUAAGUCGCAAGAGAAAGGCAACUUCAGAGGACGAUGAUCUACAAGGGGUAAGUGUUGCCCACAAUAAGGAGGAUUACGCGGAGCUACUCGGAGAAAGCGAAGAAGUUGUGUUAACACUAAAAGACAAGAGCGUGUUUGACGAAGACAAAGACGAGCUUGAAAACUAUGAACUUGCAAAACGCCGACGAGUGAAAGAGUUCUUGGAGGGUCAGGUGAAAGAGAAAAAGAUCGACGAUAACAAAGAACAAGAUAAUGGAUUUAAGAUCGGGGAGAAAAUAAUUCCAAGGAAGCAAACAAAGAUGCUUGUUUCAUUGGACUUUGAUGAUGACGAGCAGGAUUCUCAACCAUCUGACUACAGUGCCCCAGUAAUCAAGAAGCUGAAAAGUAAAGUGAGAAACAAGCGGAAUGAUAAAGAAGAGUUAAAGGAAGCUAAUUUUCAGCAAUUGAAGUUGAUCAACGAGGAUUUAGAAAAGGAAGACGACAUCGAGCUGAACAAAUUCUUAGCUGCUUCAAGACGACAAAGACAGGAAUCACGGCCUAUAGUGAUUGAAGAAAACCACCAGGAAGAAGGAGGAGUGGUUCUGGAUGAAGACGCAGAUUUCUUGGAAAAGCUCAACGGUAGCAACACUAUCGAAGAACCGAAGAAGGUUCAAAAGGUUGGUGACGCGACGCAGUCCAAAGCUGGCCUCAUUCAUGUCUCCGAAAAACUCGCUGUGCUUCAUGACGAAGUCGAUGCGAAUAUGGGACUGUCCCGUACCCUAAAGCUUUUGAAGGACAGAUCGGAGCUUGCCCCAAAUUCUAAUGCGUCCAAUGUCAACCUGGUUUAUAGAGACGACAAGGGUAGGGUUCUCAACCAAAAGGAAGCCUACAAGUACUUGUCUCAUCGGUUCCAUGGACAUAAGAAAUAG